AUGAGGAUCCAUCCCACCUUCCAUGUCUCUCACUUGAAACCGGUGUCUGUCUGAAGCAUCCAGUGAAACUUCUCAAACACAGAGCUGCUUCACAUCCCUGCUCUCCUUCAAUUCCUCCAGAGGAGGCACGGCAGACAAAUCAGUCUGAAGCAUCCAGUGAAACUUCUCCUCAAACACAGAGCUGCUUCACAUCCCUGCUCUCCUUCAAUUCCUCCAGAGGGUUCCUGCCGCCAACAUGUUCUGCUUCAUUCUGUACCUGGCUGCUCUCAGCCUGCUGACAGGUACUGCUGCAACAAACCAGACAUUUACCACUUCUGGGGAGAUGAACAUCUCUUCAUGCCCCAUCACCUAUUAUGGACAGAAAUAUGACAAAGUCUAUUUGGCCUUCGAUGCUAACAGAUUUGCUGUUUGCUUCAAUGGCUUAUACCAACCUGGAAUCAAAAAUGACUGUAUUUUGAUGUCUGGAGGGACAGCUGACAGAGGCGACCUGGCAGUGCUUAAUAAAGAAAUACCCACUGGAUCCGGGGUUCAUCAUCUUCUGCCAAACCUUAAACAUGCUGGGAAAUGUAUCAACAUAAUACCUUUGAAAGAUAGGCAACAAUCGGAAAUUGAACAAGUUGAACUUAGCAACUUUGGGUCACAAGCAAUUCUGGCAAUCAGGACACAUUCUGGAUACACAAAUAUUGAUCUUGAGGCAGAUGCACGAGUCAAUGGCCUUACAGUUUCUAAACAGACAUUCCAGACAGCUGAUACCAAUAAGGGCGUCAUCACAGACCUGAGCGGAUGCAGACUCUCAGGUGUUGUUUAUAAGACAAAUACGACAGUAAGGGACCCAAACAUAUGCACUUCUGUAACCUGUGACUUCAGUGGAGUCGCUACUGCCGUAAAUGAUUGUGGUCCCCUGGAGCAUUGCCAAGGCGAUGGGAGUUGCAAGUUGAACAGCAUGUGCACAGUGACCGGCUCUGCUAUCAUCGACAUUGUUGGCAGAGUUCACUCUGUCCCGGACCGGUGUGGGUACACUCUGAUGAAGCCCUCAUCGAUCCCAGGCUUCCAGGUGCUGGGGUUUUUCCAAGAAAGACGCCGUAAAGAUGUUAGUUUUUUGGACCGUGUGACAUUGCAGCUGGACAGUGCCGGUGUUCAGAUUUCCCUGGAACAAGGCAGCAGGGUUCAGCUGAAUGAUGAAGUACUGAUGCUCAAUGCCACAGCACAGAUGGUUCACGGUGUGGAGCUCUCCAGGGACCAGACAGGUGUGACUGCUAAAAUAUCAGCUUCCAACUACAUGGUUUCUGUCCUCUUUGAUGGCUACACCGCACUAAUCCACAUGACAGGACCGAGUGGAGCUCCCGUGGAUGGUUUAUGUGGGAACUCCAGCAGGUCUUUGAUUGAAGAGAAGGUUGCUGAACACUCGGACAGCAGCUGUGAGAUACAAUAUGAGGAUGAUGCUGACGAUAAGAUCAACUGCAACACCAAAACUAAAUGGUGUAAUAUCCUGAAGCAGGCUCCUUUCAAUGUCUGCAAUAAGCACAUCAACCCAGAGCCCUUCAUAACUGCCUGCACAGACACUUUGUGCAAAUACCCUGCAGUGGAUGGUCUCAAGUGCCAGUUCCUGGAGGCCUACGCCAGGGCCUGCAGCCACCACAGCAAUGUCACGGUGGAAAGUUGGACUCCAAAAACCGGCUGCCCUGCUGUCCCUCGGGCCUUCUGUCAGGACAGGUUCUGCAGUGUUAAUGAGUUCUGCGGUGAGAGAUAUGGUGGGGAACCACAAUGUCUCUGUCGGGCCAUUUUUGCCUCCAAGUACAAACCGACAAGCUCUUUUGGUGAGCCGACGGACUGCAAACAGAAGUCUGCUUCCGUAACUCUGGCUAAUUGUCUCUUGGAGGACAAAAACAUUGAUUACUCUGUCUUACACCUCAAUGACGAGGCCUGCAAAGCUGAAAUGGACGACCUGACCCACAUGGUGACGUUCAACUUUAAUAGCAACAACCCUUGUGGUACAGUUGUCAUGGCAAACAACAGUCAAAUUAUCUACAAGAACACCAUCAUGAGAAGGAACCUCUCCGCGUUUGGCUUAAUCAACCGUCAAAGCCCAGUGCAUAUUGACUUCUCCUGUUAUUACAGUCAGCCAGAUAUCAAGAGCUUGGGCUUCAGACUCAAACACAGCUCUAUGAUCCAGCAGAUGACUUCUGGAGAAUGGAAUUACAAUCUGAGCAUGAAGGCCUACGCUGACCGUAUCAACGGUAUCCAGGCAAACACCGACAUCCAACUGAACGAGAAAAUCUGGGUGGAGCUUAAGACGGAGGGAUUGGAUGAAAAAAUGGUUGUUGUGGUGACUGACUCCUGUUGGGCAACCGAUCAGCCUUCGCCAAGUGGAAGUCUGAGAUAUGACUUCAUCAUCCAAGGCUGCCCUAACCCUGCUGACCAGACAGUAAAAGUGGAAGGCAAUGGAUUGGGAACAUCAAACUACUUCACUUUCAACAUGUUCCAGUUUGUUGGCAAGACUGGUGACGUCUACUUGCACUGCAAAUUAGAGCUGUGUGUCACGGAGAGUAAUGCCUGUGCCCCGAGGUGCGGCCAAGAUGUAAGAAGGCGUAGAUCUGCCAUGUCGAAAUAUGAGGAUAAAAACCCAGCCUUCAUCAGCAUGGCCUGGACUAGUUAGGUUUCCAUGGACAUUCGGACUGACAUCGAGCACAAAACCCAAAAUGAUUCCUGUUGCGCUGAUGAAGAGUCUGAGUUGCUGUGAAUCUUUACAAACACAUAUAAUUGUUAUAACCGGGCUCAUUCAGUGAUCUUUUUCUCGCCUUCAAUUAGUUUGGUCUUAUUUUGGAUUUUUUUUUAGGGUGGUUUGCAUUGGAGAGCUGUUGAGUUGAUUAUCAGCAUCUGACGCGGCUGGAAGAAAGCACCAAUAUUACUUUAUAAUUGAACAGAUAAACAUGGACACUAACAUAUCUGGGCAAAUCUUGUAAGGAACAUGUUUCAGAAGUUGUGGCUGGUGAUUUAAAGACUGCAGGUUAAACAGAACUGCAAAGUUAAUUGUGUAAGUUUGUGUAAAUGAAUAUCAGCUUUAUGAGGGAGGGUGACAGUCCCACAAUGUUCCUGUAGGGCUUUCUUUUGAAAUGGACUUGUACAUUCUUCUGACCAGGUUUGGACACAGUUCCAAGAUCUUGCAAAC